UUUUGCUGUGCCAUGGUUGCUGACUGUUGCAGGCGAUAGCAAAGUACUUGGUUUAUAACAAGUUUUUUUUGUGUAGGAUAAAAUACUAUGGCAUCACCAGAGACCAGCAAUGCUAGUGCUCCGUCUGAUUCAAUUAUUCCUUCAGGGGUAAAAUUACUCACCAGCAUCCCUGAUCUUCUCAUGUUACCUGAACUUGUCUUUGGUGGGCUCGUCUGGAUUCUUGUGGCUUCCACUAAUGUUCACGAUAAAGACAGUCUUGGCUGGGUGAUAUUUGUUUCUAUCCUCCUGUUCACGCUGACACUGCUGCUACUGGUAUGCUACUUCACUGGGUUGCCCAAAAAUUCAACAGCAUGGUGCUUCUUGGAUGCUGCCUACCAUGGGAUUUCAUCUGUUUUCUACCUCAGUGCUGCAGUCCUGCAGGCUAAUACUGCCGUACGUGUGGUGGACAAAUCUGGAUCCAUAUACAAAAUUGAUAUUGCAUCCACGGUAUUUGCGUUUGCAGCCACUGUGCUCUAUGUGGUUCAUGCAGUGUUUUCAUUCAGCAGAUGGAAAACAGUUUAACACUGUUCAUGGCCACGGUAGCUGGAAGUACAUAGAAUCCUAGAAUAACACAGCACAUACAUAGAUUCUUCAGUCUUCCCAGUCCUUGCCAACCAGCAAGCCUCCACUUACUCUAAUCCUACCUUAUUGUGUGUCAGAUUCUACCACUCUGCUAGAGCAACAUACAGUGCAUUGGCCUAUUUUCCCAUCAAUACUGUAUGUUGAAUCAGUGGAAGACAAUCAGUAUGCCAGAAGCUGACUCAUCUCUCAAUUUACAGCACUUGACUUGAGGGUGAUGAAGUGUAAUUGCAUUACAAUUUCCUGUGCAAUUUCAAUCCUUGUAUGAAAUACAGGAAGCCGUUCGCCCCAUUAAGUCUGUGAUGGCCCACGUAGUCCUGUCAAUGCUGUUUCCCCAUAGAUUCAAACAGCAAGGAAAUAGGUUCUUGAGUCUACCAUAAGACAUAGGAGCAGAAUUAGGCCAUAUGGCCCAUCAAGGCUGCUCUGCCAUUUUGUCAUGGCUGAUCCAUUUCCCUCUCAUCCCAGUCAUCUGCCUUCUCCCCAAAUCCCACCAUGCCCUGACUAAUCAAGAAUCUAUCAACCUCUGCCUUAAACAUACCCAAUGACUUGGCCUCCGCAGCCACCUGUGGCAACAAAUUCCACAGAUGCACUACUCUCUGUCUAAAGAAAUUCCUCCUCAUCUCUGUUCUAAAUGGAUGACCCUCUUGUCUGAGACUGCAUUCUCUCGUCUUAGACUCCCCCCACCAUAGGAAACAUCCUCUCCACAUCCAGGAUGUAUCCUAUGGCGUGGAAAUCUAAGACCAGAUGGUUGGUGGUUGUCACUCUCUGUGACAACCAUCAAAUACACAUUGACCCCAGUUCUCCACUGAUUCUCCCCACUUUCCCAUCAGCUCCCCCAGAUUUGAUCUCUCACCUAUAUCUAGGAUGAUCUUGCAAUGGGCAGAUGACCUAGCACUCCACACACCACUGCGACAUGGAAGACAAAUGGAGUAUCUGGUGCAAAUCCACAUAGUCACACAGAGAUCAUAAAAACUCCACACAGGGAGUCCAGGAGGUUCAGUUUGAACUGAAGUCAGCAGAACUGUGAGGUAGCACAAUGCCUCCAACAAUACAUUCUUACACAUCCUACUCAGACUGUUUCUGACCAGUGUGGAGAGCUCCAAGGCAACUAGAAGUAAAAAAAUAAACAUGGCCCGGCAUCUCA